UCGGAGCCGCGAGGGCAGUGCGACCUGGGCCCUGCGAGGCGCCGCACCUGAAUUUCUAGCCUGCCGAGCGAGUGAUCGUCGAUGAAGCCGGCCGCGCUGCUGCUGCUGGCCGUGGUGGCGGCCGCCGCGUCCGCCGCGACGACGCCGGCCACGCCGGCGCUGGCCGCCUACCUGCCGUGGCGCCGCACCGACCGCACCAGCUGGUUCAAAGGGUGGAGCGGCCUCCGCAUGCCCACCGGCCCCGACGGCGACGCCACCGAGCUCACCGUCGCCUACGUCCACGAGGAAACCCUCGCCAUCGUCGAGCUCGGAAAGGCGCGCGCCCUCAGAAACUGCGAGCUCAUUGAACUCUUUGAGCCGAGCGACUUGGUGGUGGCGCAGUCGAUGAUGAGGAACACGACCAGGUUCAAAAAGGCGAUCAAAAUCAACUUCGACGAGAUGAUGGGCCUGAUGGACAGCUGCCAACAGCUGCACACGCCAUCCUUGGAGCAGCGGCCCGAGGCCAAGAGGAUCAGCCGCAACGCCAGGAGGGUGCCCAAGAAUCUGCUCUCAAACACCCUGAACAACCCUGUCGCCAUUUUUAGCGGAAUUGUCCCGGGAACAAAAUGGUGCGGAACAGGAGACAUAGCAGCCACAUACUACGAUUUAGGAACGGAAAAGAGCAUGGACAGGUGCUGCCGGUCACAUGACCUCUGUCCAAUCAAACUCCGAUCGUACCAGAACAAAUACAGUCUGAUCAACAACUCGAUAUAUUCCAAGUCUCACUGCGAGUGCGACAGCGCGUUCUACAGAUGCCUCAAGGACCUGAACAGCCCGACCGCCGACGUGAUGGGCAACAUUUACUUCAACAUCGUGCAAGUGCCGUGCGUGGAGCACGUCGAGGACUCGAAACGCGACGCCGCGCCGGGCAAACAGCAGGCCAUGCAGUUCAGCAAACAACAGCUUGCCUACUGAAUCAAAUGAGUGGCAUUCAAGUGCGCUGGACACGAACUUUUACAAGUUUAAGUGUAUACUUUAAUAUAGUUUAUUUAUUGUUCAAAUUUGAAUAUAAUAAACUCUUUUUGUAGAAAAA